CCAAACUGUGUUCGAAAGUUUUGAGUACGAAAUUCUUUCACGAACAAAACAUGGGUUUCGACAAAAAGAAGAAAAAACAGAGAAAUAAAAAGAACAGACAAACCAAAACACUCUUAGUUUUUGACGAAAAAGCUAGAAAGGAAUAUUUGACUGGUUUUAGGAAGAGAAAAGAUGAGAGAAGAAAGAAAGCACAAGAACAGGUGGAACGUAUGAUCAAGGAGGAAAGGAAAAAAAUGAAACAGAAGGCAAAGGAAUUCCAGGAGCACACAGAGAGAAAACAUCAGUCAGUGCCAACAGAAUUAGAAGACAUUGUAAAAAAACAAGUGACGGAGCUUCCAGAACAUACCGUAACAAUUACAGAUAUAUCUGAAAUAGACCUUGCCGGACAUGGUGGUACACGGUUAGGCCUCAACAAGAUGGAGGAAAGUGAAAAUGAAGACGAAACUAAAGGAGAGUCGAACAGUGAUGCAAGUGAUGGAGAAACCAGUAUGCCAGAAACCAGUACACCAGAAACCAGCAUUCUGAAACAUAAGAGAGAUUUGAAGAAAAUAAAGGAGAAGAUAUUUAAAACUUCGAAACACCUGAAAAAGAAAUCAAAUCAGAAGAAACAUAGAAGAACUCUUUCCAAGAAAACAAAACACAAAUUAAAAUGUCAAAACCUGUGUAACUAGUAUAUUGCGAUAGACGCAUUUAAUUGUGAAGUUUAAAUGGAUUAUGAUAGGGGAAUGAUUUCUCAAGAUAUUUGCAGAAAAAAAUACCAGCAACUCAUGGUAUCAUAGAUGGCUUGCAGACAGAAGUUAUGAAGGAUCUGGGUUCCUUAAAGGAGUUGUAUUUAAAGGCAGUGUGAUGCUGGAGCAAAUCAGUAUCAGUAUGAAACCUCGAGGACAUUACUCCAUCUUGUACUUACCUGUCAAGUUAAUGUAUAUUAUCAACAUGUACUGAUAAACACAACAUACAGAACCAUUUAGUUAGAUCUGCACGAUACAUUUGUAUAUAGAAUAGAAAAAGUAAUUAAUGAGUAGUUAGUUACGUGUCUGAGCUACUUCUAAGAAAGAAACAGUGGUUGUGUAGUCAUUGGUGUGUUUUGCAUUAUAUCAGAAUUAUGGCCCUUAGUGUACUUAGAAAUAUCAUUACGGUACAUAAGGAGAUCCAAGAACCAAAACUCUUGCAUUUGUCAGAAUUAUGGCCCUGUUUAUCUUAAAUAUAUCUUGCUUUUUUUAAUAUAUACUUUUCUUCAAUCCUGUUGCUUUGAAACUUUGUACUUUUUAUGCCCCCAGCAUCUACCGAUGCGGGAGGCAUACAGUGAUUGUCCAGUCCGUUCGUCCGUGCGAGGCUAACCAAAUGGGAACGUUUGGUCUAGCAUCAAUACCCCUUACUAGAAUAACUUGAUACUAAUGCAGCUGUAACCUGUGACCAUUCCUCAUCUUCAGACAUCACCUGACCUCAGCUUGACCUUGACCUCAUUUUGGACUUAGGUUGCUUUAUAUGGGCCAUCUCUUGGUUAACCAAAUGGGACCGUUUCGUCUAGCAUCAAUACCCCUUACUAGAAUGACUUGAUACUAAUGCAGAUGUAACCUGUGACCAUUCCUCAUCUUCAGACAUCACCUGACCUCAGUUUGACCUUCACCUUGACCUCAUUUUGGACUUUGGUUGCUUUAUAUGGGCCAUCUCUUGGUUAACCAAAUGGGACCAUUUCGUCUAGCAUCAAUACCCCUUACUAGAAUGACUUGAUACUGAUGCAGAUGUAACCUGUGACCAUUCCUCCUCUUCAGACAUCACCUGACCUCAGUUUGACCUUGACCUCGUUUCGGACUUAGGUGCAAAAUCUAUCGACAAGGAUGCCACUGGGGGCAUCAAGCAUUUAUUGAACGCAGCUCCUUGUUUAUCUUCAGACAGUGAGUAAGAAGGUCAAGAACCAUAAUUUUUUCUUGCAUGUUGUCUUAUGUCAAGCAGUUACAGACAGUAAGCGGUGAUUGAUUUGUUACUGUUGCCAGAUAUGUACCUGAAAAUUGAAAAAAGUACAGGGAACUUACUGGGAAUGAGGUAAGUGUAUACCUGGGAAUAAGGUAAUGUCUGUGCGUUCUGAUUGGUCAGUCAUGUAAACAAGAAGGGAUUAUUUUUUCAAAAUUGGUAUUUUUUCACUGCAUUUACAGUAUUUUAUUAUACAUUUUGACAAAAUUUGCUACAUUUUAUGUGUAUUGAAAAAAAGUUUUAUCCAACGAAUUUCUCCCGCCAUGUCAACGAUGUAAACGGGGUCAUCUCAUUCACACGAAAAUUACUUAAAUAAAGUAUCACCAUAUGUUUUUCGUCCGAUAUUUUGGUAGAACUAAAAACUUGUAAUUAGCUAUACAUGUUUCGAUGUAUGGAAGGCCGUACACGCCAUAAUGUUACAAUAUAAGUCUAUGGCAAAACAAUUGGUGGUCUCUAACCUAUAGGAUUAUCAUGAAACUUGGGUCAGAUAAUCACCUCAUCAAAACGAUGUACAUAUCUCAUGAGUCAGUUAUGUCCGCUCAAGGUCAAGGUCACAACUCUAGGUCAAAGGUUUGAGCCUUCGAUUUUGUGUCUGCUCUGUAUCUCCUAAACCCCUGGAAGGAUUUUCAUGAAACUUGGGUCAAAUGAUCACCUCAUCAAGAUGAUGUGCAGAACUCAUAAGUCAGCCAUGCUGGCUCAAGGUGAAGGUCACAACUCUAGGUCAAAGGUUUGAGCCUUCCAUUUUAUGUCUGCUCUGUAUCUCGUAAACCCCUUGAAGGAUUUUCAUAAAACUUGGGUCAAACCAUGACCUCAUCAAGACAAUGUGCAGAACUCAUGAGUCAGCCAUGUUGGCUAAAGGUCAAGGUCACAACACAAGGUCAAAGGUAUGAGCUUUCCAUUUUGUGCCUCCUAAACCCGUUGAGACUUGGCUGUAACAUUCCCCUUAUCAAGAGGAUGUGCAGAACUCAAAAUUCACCCAUGCCAGGUCAAGGUCACAACUUAAAUGUUUGAGCCUUCAAUUUCCUGUCCCCUCCUUUUCUGCUAAACCUCUUAAAGGAUUUUCUUGGAACUUUGGUCAAGUGUUCACCUUAUUCAGAUGUUUCGCAAAACCCAUGAGUCAGCCAUGCAGGCUCAAGGUUAAGGUCAAAACUUAAAGUAUUGAUGUCAUCAUACAUGUACUAUAAAACAUACUUAAGAAUGUCAAUGCUUCCACCCAAUACCAUCGAUCCUUCCACUACCCGUAACAGCAGCGGGGAUAUAACUGUCUUUCAGACUGCCUUGUUUAAUUUUUUAUAGAACAUUUUUCUAAAUUUCUACUUUCUUGCUGUUACUAUCUCGGGGAAAUUUCUCUUACCUAGAGAAAGUGCAUAAUUAUAUGAAAUUUGAAAAGCCUCCGGAGUUAUCUCCAGUGAACAAAAUAUAGGGUCUGAAUAUAGACUAGAUAUAGAGCUUUACAAGUUCAAAAACUGACAAGUAUUUUUGGUUUUUAAAACUACUAGAUUUUAGAAUUUUUAGAGGUGAAAAGGGAGAAAGUACUCUGUGAUCUAUAUUAAUGACAUCUACGAUAUGUGCACUCUCAAACAGGAGUUAUUCUUUCCUACCUAGUGAGGAAACAGAAGGAAAUCCUGGUAGUAGAUCACCUUAUCUUUUCCGUAAGGAAAAGGCAAGCUACAGGCCAGCGCUGUGACAUCAUAAUUUUGAUGUAAUAAACUGCAUGGCAUGAUUUUAUAAUUUACAAUAUCUACAAAAUUUCAUAAUUGUAGGCAAGAAAAAUGACCUCACAAUUGCCUGCCUGCAUCAGACAGGUGGGGAAAACCUUGUCCUUAACAUGUAGGCAAAUAAAAUCCUUUUAAACUUUUUUCAGAGCAACAACCUUAUUUUUCUGUCUUCAUAGUAAUUUUGAUCCACAAUGAUUUUACAUUGGUUUUAAUAAAUUUGUUUUACAUUGGUU